AUGGUCUACGUGCACGCGCCAGCCUCACUGCCGCCAUUGCUCAACGGAAGCAUUCUCAUGAUGACCUACGCAACAGCUGGGGUGCGUGAGCUGCUGACCAACUGGUUGCAACACGUCGAGCGGCUCCAGCUUCCAAUCCUUGUUGCUGCCAUGGACGCGGGCGUGAUCUCCCAGUGCCGUGCCGAGCGCUUUCAAUGCCUCGACUGGUCGUCCACCGCGACCGGACUCGACGGCGAGUACGUCCCGUCGACGUCCACGUCGGGCUUCCGCGCGCUCGGCCGGCGAAAGCUCGAGUCGCUUCUGUUCAUCCUGCAGAAGGGGAUUGAUGUCGUGAUGUCUGAUGCCGACUGCGUGUGGCUGGAGAGCCCGGUGCCAAUGAUCCAGGGGCAGCGGCCUGGAUACGAGGACUAUGCCCACGCAGAUCUUAUCAUGACCACGGACUGUCUCGAUCCAAGCGAGGACGCUGCUGGAUCUGGCUGCUUCAACAUGGUCAACGCGUACAAGAACACGGGGGUGCUCGCCGUCCGCUCCACGGCUGUUGCCAUCGCGACGCUCAAGGAGUGGGCGUCGCGCAUGGAGUCCGGCAUGCGCGACGACCAGGAUCAGACCAUCUUCAAUGAGCUCCUCGACGGCUCAGGCCCCCACGACCGCCACCGGGACGGCAACAGCUGGGUGGUGGACGAGCCGCGGCGGAAGGACUUCCGGCAGUUUGCCGAGAGGUGGUGCGCCAGGGGUCCACCGCAGGACAAGGGCUUCAACAAGCCGUGGAAGGGCUCGGCCUCCGAGCGCACGAUCGCACCCAGGCGGCCCAAUCCCGGCUCCCGGUUCAUCUAUGACGUGUGCCUCCCCAACGUGAGUCUGUCUUUGCUCGUCGGUAUCUUCUCCAUCUUCGACGUCACCAACGGCCACGCCUUCUUCGUGCAGCAGCUUCAGUUGGCGACCGCUCGCUCGCCGCUCGCGGUGCACGCGACGCACACGUUUGGCGACUUGCCUGGAAAAUCAAUUCGUGGAAUCCAGUUCGAGAUGCAGUGA